CAAUAACAAGAACAUGUGCGUUUGAGGUGGAACUUCUUCAGGCCGAUUGUUACCAAGAAGAAAACAUACAACAUAUAAUACUACAAUGUCCAAGAUUUCACUCUUACAGAACAGACCUGAUGGAAGCUUGAAAAAGAAUCAAAAUAAAUCAUCCUAAUAUAGACUUAUUACUCACAGGCACUGAUCUCCCACCAAUAAAGAAGGACUACAUUUUAAGACACACGAAAAUAUUCCUAAAGAAAACGGAACUAAUAGAAAUAAUAUAAAGAAAAGAAAGAAGAAAGGAAAUAGAUCCAGGGGAUAUAGACUAGACAAUAGUCUAAAACCCAGUAAAAGAAGAAAGAAGAAGAUUGUUUGCUGGGGAAAAAGAGUACAAAUAUAUCCAAUGUUUUUUCGUGAAUUGAUGGGUUUUUAUGGCUAAUUACAAUGUUUUACGUGAAUUGGUAGGUUUAUAUUGAUGAUUAUGGAGCAGUGAGUAUGGCGUUAUGUUUUGUGUUUCGUCUGGAUAUCGUGUGGUUUAGAUUUGUCACUGAUUUUGAUGGUUUUGUAAUGACGUGUUCUUCCUCAAGUCAAAAAGGACUUUAGGUUCUGUUUUGAUGAAUAUUUAAUAGGAUUUGUAGUUCACUGUUUAAAUUUGAGAUUGUAAACAUGCUCUCACUUUAUGAUGAUGGAGUGUAUGUGUUUAUAAAUACCGUAGUUAAAGAGGGUUUGAUGUUUUAUGCCAAAAUAAGGAGUCACUCUGCUGAAUCAGAAUGAGAAAGCAACUUCUGUGUGGUUUUCAAAGCUUGAUUUGGGAGAAGAAUCAAUAGAUAUAAUUACAAUGCAGUAAAAGAGAAAGCAGAAUAUUAAUAUACCAACAAUGGACACCAUUCUACAAGAGACAGUACCAAAGCUUUUUGGUGAAGAUGUAAAUCAGAAAGUAGUUAGAAGAAUCAGUAAGGAUCUGGAGAAUCUAAAGGCCUCUGAUCAGGAACUGCUGCUGGAGGAGAUCAGUAGCAAGUUCAGAAAGUUGUUGAAUGAUGAUCCUGAUAAAGCACUUGUUACUGCAACUUUGCUGACAGAUGGAAACCACAUUCUCAGGAGAGCUUUAUCUCAGUGUGUAGAAGAGGUUCUUAAAGUUUGCUGUAUCAAGAUUGAUUCCCUUCAUGUUGCAGAAUCAAGAAAACAGUCAGAAUUUCACAUUGCUGCAAAGGCAGUAUAUGGCAUUGUUCAGUAUGUUCUUCCUCUGGAAACUGGAGUAGUCGAGGACCUUGCAUUACAGCACCAGUUGAAAUCAGUUUAUUUGUCGCUUCUCAGAGCAGUUGUCAGCAACAAGUUACCCUCUGACUGCAGCUUGAUUGUAUCAACUUCCUUAUGCAUUACCUCAGCUCUGCUUUGUACAGGGAAUAUGGAAAUUAAUUUCUUAAAGCUAAUAAAUGGUGUAAUCCAAGCACAGACAUGGAAAGGAAACUCUAAAGACAGUGAUUGGUCUUGUCCUGAUAUAGAGAUAGAGGAAGUGGCAGAAUUCUGUAGAGAGAUAACACCAUCUUUCCCUAUUGUUUUGAUGUUUCAUGGACUAUUCAACUCAAAUGCUGCUUGGUUAUAUUCAUCUAAGGAGAGAGGAAGUGACAGUGAAACCAAUAUUCCAUUCCUCUACAAAGUACAUCCAGUUAUCAUGAAGAUGUGUAGGUCUGCAGCAAGCUACACGUUUCAGGCAUUUCAGGUGCUUCACAUGUGGCUUAUGUGUGUGAGGAAGUAUGGUAACGUCUUUAAGGAAGUACAACACGAUAAGGAGAGAAAAACAGGAUGUAGUCUCGAGCAGCAACAUCCAGCUUCCUGGUCAGUUUUCAUGCUCCAGGCCGAUGAUAGCAAUACUGUAUUCCAUCUUUUGAAUUCUAACUGGGAAAAUCCAGCUAAAGGUGUGAGUGACGUUGUAUACACAUGCAUGUCAGAGUUAUUAGAGCUGCAUGAUGACAGACAAUCUGGUCAGGCCAAAGUACUAGCCAGCAACAUGUUAGACGCUCUUGUCAGUUCUGCGGCAUGGACAUCAAAGAGCACCUACCCACCUCUAGGCCUGGCCAUUUCUUUUGUAGGGGCACAGGAGGCCCUACAGCAGCAUCCAGUAUUACCAACUGGUCUGACAGAGUCCCUUAAGGUGAACCAUCUGGCAUCAGCUGGUGCUAAUGUAUACAAAAUAGUGCUUAGCCAGUUAUCUGUCCAUGCUUGGCAUCAGCAUUUCCUCCAUGUUAUUUGUGAUGGUUUACACAGCCAAGAAAGGAUGAUCCAACAGCAUAUUCUCACACUGUGGCUUCCACCCACUCUCCGUCAGUAUGGUAGUGUAUAUCAAGAGCUGAUAGCCUUGUGCCAGGAUUGCUCCUCGGGAUGGCUUGCACGCAUGGCUAUCUUGAGAGUUGCCCGUAGUCUUGGCAUUUUGGACAUACGAGAUAAUUCAGACGUAGAAAGGGAGAGAAAUGACAGGCAAGAGGAAAGUGGAGGAGGUACUGGAAUGACAACAGAGUCUGUUAUGGGCUGCGUUGAAUCUGCUCUCUGUUGUAUAGAUGAGGUGGUCAGGGGAGAAGCACUUGCUUUCCUGUGCUGUACUCAGAAGGGAUCGCAGCCAGUUUCUUCUAGAGAAAGUGAACUGUUGAGAGAGUUCUUUAAGUGGAAUAUGAAUAUCGAUUCGGCCCCAUUCCGACAAAGUAUCAUUAAAUGCUACAAAGCUCUUGUGAUUAGGCUUCGGGACACCUGUCAUGCUGAGCUGAAGAAAGCAGGUUACAAAGCUAGAGGCUCAGAAGGUCCAUCAAGCUCCGCACUGCUUGAGAAGUUGCCAGUGCUGAAGGUGAACUGUGAACUUUUGAUAUGGCUUGUACAUUUUCUCCAUGAUAACCUUACACCGGAAGGAAAUUACCAAAGAAGAAUCCUGUCUCUGCAGUUGUACAGAGAAACCCUUUUAGCAUUUUAUGAGAGAACAAAGUCAGGUAAAUAUUCCAUAAAUGCAAGUUAUGCAACUGCUUGUGGGUUCAUCAAUUCUGUUAGCGCAGAUGGAGUCAUUCAUAAGAUUGUGGAUUUCACUCUUCCCUGGACACAAGAAAUAUUACUUACAUUAUGUAUGGAUGAAAUGAACGACAUACGAGAAGAAGCUGAAUGGACUCUCAGAAUUUUGGAGUAUUCAAAAAAUUCUAUGUGUUAUUCGGAUGCCCAUUUGUGGCUGAUGAGGGGACUGUCUAUGUGUGAUUCUCCAAAAGCAAGUUCUGCCGAAAGUGGAGCUACUCUUGUAAAGGUUGUCACGUCGGCUUGUCAUGCAAGUGGUCACAAUAUCACCACUAUGCUAAAGUUAAGUGCUAAAUUGUUGAUAACCCACUUGUCCGCUAAGGAUUGUAGAAGCUUACUGGCUUUCCUUUUUGGCCGGGUAGAAGAGCAGUUUGAAGCUGCACAAGAAAACCUUCUACUAGCUUCACAAAGGGGUCCAAUCCAUGGAUCUUUAAUGGCUUUGGGCUAUUGCUUAUGCCGAGAUGUAUUUACUGCAACAAUGCCGAAGGACGAGGUGCUGGAAUUCAUGACAAACCUAACGGACUUGUUAAUUAAUAUAACUGAGUACAUGCUCUCCAGACUGGCUUUGGGCUAUUGCUUAUGCCGAGAUGUAUUUACUGCAACAAUGCCGAAGGACGAGGUGCUGGAAUUCAUGACAAACCUAACGGACUUGUUAAUUAAUAUAACUGAGUACAUGCUCUCCAAACUGGCAUGUGCAUCCCCUAAUGGGUCAGCUUUUGCACCUUCCUUUGCCGAGAUGGGAGAAUCGAUAGAGAUGAUUAUAAAGGAAUGCGAGAGCAAAGGUGUUGAAGGGAACCCGUGCAGUGAUGAGCACCUCCAGCACCAGGAAAAUGUGGAUGUAACAGUAGAAGAGGAAGAGGAGGUGGAUAUAGAGGAUAAUGCUAUCUCUGGGAACCAUCAGUUGAUUCUUGCAUGUUGUUGGCAAACCAUGAAGGCCUGUUGUGUUGUAACAAGCAUGAGUGUCACACACUGGAUAGGACACCUAAAUGAAAGUCUUGUGGAGAAAUUGCUUCAUGGUGUUGUUGUGAGGGUUCUCACAGGGACCAGACACAAGGGGGCCAUGGAGGCUGCCAGAGCUUCUUAUGGUCAGCUCUGUUCCGUUCUCCUCGGCAGCAGCAACAACUUCGGUCAUCUCAUAUACAAGCAGGUGAAUGAAGUCCUUGAUCACAUAGAAUCGGGAGCUCAAACCUCAGUGACUCGUCGUGCAGCAGGAAUUGCAAUGAUGAUGCAGGUCGCCUGUGGGGCAGCACCGCGCACUAAUGUUGAUCUCAUUAAUACAACAGUUUUGAGGCUAAUCCACAUCAGCCAGGCAGAGUAUGAAGAACAAAACACAGUAGAUGCGUCUCCAGUUCUGGCACUUCACAUGCUGCAGUCUCUGGUGUUGCAUGCUCCCUUAGCACACCAUCUGCUUCUCCAUCUCCCUGCCAUAACCAGUACCUGUCUGCAGGCCUUCACCAACCACUCAUGGGCACUAAGGAAUGCUGCUCUGCAACUGUAUGGUGCUGUGGUGCCACGGAUGGUUGGCCAGAAGAAGGUACGAGAUGAUUCAUCUGUGCUGAAUAGUCUGACAGCACCAGAGUUCCUCGCCAGACACCCAUCUCUGGCUCAAUCCCUGCUGAAGAUGCUCAUGGAACCAGGAGUUAUGAAAGAAGAGUCAUACCAAGAUAAGGAGAGGACUUCAGACUCUGAGAUUACAGAGGAAAGGAGCCCCUGUAAGGUUGCCAAUGAGCCUGGGGAUAGUAUGUCUAUUAAGGUGUCCUCUAGCUUAGUACCAGUGCUCAGCUUGUUAGCAAGAUUGUCACCAGGUACAGGAUUACAACAGAAUGCUGAGGUUAAUGACAUACUCCAGCAUUACCGUACUGAGACAACACGACUUUUAGAAUCACCCAUACACACUGUGCGCCGAUUAGCCUCUCUGGCUGUUGUUGCUCUUACUCCAUCAGAAGAGGUGUUACAACUUGUUCAUAGACAUGUUGAACUUCUGGAGAGACAUGGUAAAAUAACCAAUAAUGAAACUCAUGGAAGUCUUUUGACAUUAAUGAAUAUCUUGACAAGCUACCCAGACAUCCAAAAUAACACUACAGUAAAAGGAAAGAUAACUACAGUAUUGUUAAGCCUGAUUAACUCAGAAAAUAGAUGUUAUGUUAACACUGUCCUUGCAGUGAGAAUUUGCCAGUUGCUUAAAACAAAUGUUAAUUUCGAGAAAUCUGUGGCACUGCACGACACUCAUCCAGGAGCAGCAGAGUACUUUCUGCUCCUGAGCAAAAUGAAAAUGAAAGAAGUAACUGAGAAUGAAAUGAGAAAAUAUUUAAUAUCUUGGAUAUCAGAUCAUGAUAUGGAAGAAGUCUGUUAUGAUUAUAUACAGGAACACAUUGGACAAUAUAAGAAUAGCCCAUGGUUGAAAGAUAUUGAAAAGCUCCUGUGGAAAAAGCUGGAACAUCAUACCACAGUAUGCUGGAGUCCAGUUUUAAACACUCUUCAUUCAGUUAUCAAAGAGCAAGGAUAUGUAACCCACACACCAUCUACAGAUAGCUUAAAGAGUAUUUUGCAUUUGCUCAAGGGAUACCACGGUGUUAAAGUAGCAGCUCAAACUCUCAGGGUUGUGUCAUAUCUUUUUAAAUGUAUAAGCUGCAAUCAGUGGCCAAACACAGAGGUCAGAACAGAGAUAUUAAGUGCUUUCUCAUCAUUAGUCAGUAAAUAUGCAGCACCAACCUCUACUGAAGAUUACCGCUUGGCGGCAAGUGAUGCUUUGAGGGUUGCCCUGAGAACAUUGUUAUUUUGUGAGCCUAAGUUGCACCCUCUCUACUGUGAACAUCUAGUCUAUGCCUGUGUGGAGCUUCUGCAAGAUGAAGAUUCCACCAUCAGAGAUUCUGCUUGUCACAUAGUGGAGUCUCUGAGGCAAAACGGGCAGUCAGAAUCUGGAAGAGGAUUCCACAGAAACAAAUGAUUUACCUGCAGAAACCAUUCAUUUACUGCAUCCAAAUAUCUCUUUAAGGGAAUAUUUUGGACUCUUAGCCUCAUGGAGUGCCAGUAGAAGGGACUUGGCUUUUCUAAGGAUAUUAUGGAGAAUAGCUAGCAACCAACAGCUAAGCUCUACUAAAUCUACCAAGGAUGAAGAAAGUACUGUAAAACCCAAGUCAUAUCUUUUUCAGUCACAUACCAUGAAUUUAUAUAAAGAGCCAAAACAUGUUAGUAUUAUCACCUCUGAAUUGUUGUUGAAAGCUCUGAAGGACCACAAGGACUCCCUGCAAUAUGAAGAAUGUGCAUGGCUUACAGAGGAGUGUCAGCUGCUUAACACACGCGGGCAGAUUCUUCACAGUCAGCUGUCCAGCAGUCCAGCACUAGCCUUGCAGAAAGAGUUGCUUGUUGCAGUUAGCACAUACAUACAUGCCUAUGAGACCUUAUUAGAGAUAAGUACAAUUUUUAAUGUUCACAUUGAUCUUGCUUUUCCAAUAUCAUGGAAUUCUAGCAAGUUUUGCACUGUAGAUUUCAAGAAUUGAUAUUGAAAAAAUAGUGUAAAUUAUUUUUAAGAGUAAAUGAAUUGAGUUGAAACAA